AGCCUGUCAGGCACUGCGCUCGUACGUGUUCUGCUACUUCUCGCUGCGAUUUUAAGGGUUAGUCAAACCGAAGGAACACCUGACAGGCUUACCUGAGGACAAUAAAUAUCGACAUAAGUUAUCCUGUAUUGAUUGAAACGGUUGUGUGCCGCUGGUGUGUUGCUGAGCAAAUAUUAACCGUUUUCAGUAAGUAAAGGUGCCGUUGUGUGGUUAGAAACUGACAAACAUGCGGGGUUCAGAUUUUCUCUUACAUGUACUAUGGUUGGUUUUAUUCCAGGCUGCUGCUGGUUGGUGUCAGGCAAACAUAACCAGCAUGCUGGCACCGCAGGCGGACCGAGUCAUGGCACUCGAAGAAUGGGAGGAACGCUGGCAUGAGGGCAGAAUUGGCUUCCAUCAGCCUCAAGUACACAAGAUGCUGGAAAACAAUAUCGAUAAGGUUCUCGCUGGACGGACAGGGGUUCGCUUCUUCUUCCCUCUCUGUGGGAAAGCAGUGGAUAUGAAGUGGCUGGCGGACAUGGGCCAUUCAGUGGUUGGGGUGGAGAUCUCUGAAAAGGCUAUAAAAGAGUUCUUUGAGGAGAACAACCUGACCUACAGUGCAGAGCCUGUCCCUGCCAUACCUGGAGCAAAGGUUUACAAGAGCUCAGAGAAAAAUAUCUCUCUAUAUCAAUGUGACCUGUACAACUUCUCCAGCUCCAUCGACGGUCAGUUCGGGGCGAUUUGGGACAGGGGAUCUCUGGUGGCCAUCAACCCAAGAGACAGAGAAAAGUAUACAUCUCUCAUAAUUUCUCUCAUGGCCAAAGACUGCAGAUACCUUUUGGACACUUUGCUUUACAAUCCUGAAUUAUAUAAAGGUCCUCCUUUUUUUGUGCCUGAUGAGCAGGUACACAGCCUGUUUGGGAACAGCUGUGAUAUUGAGCUGCUGCAUUCAGUGGAUGCCUUGACAGACAGACAGCGAAACUGGGGGCUGGACUAUCUAACUGAAAAUGUAUACCUCAUCACUCUAAAGAGCAGUUAAAAAUUUGCUUGUAAGUUUAGGGAGCUUAGAAAAGCUGAUCUUUGGCAUUUUGUUGCAAAGACAGGUCCUAGGCAGUUUUUUUUAUGCUUAGACAUCUUCUUGAUUCAGCUUCAUUUUGGGGGAAAAUUAAAGUACAUGAAAAUGUCAA